AUGACGUCCUCCACGGAGAAGCACGCAGAAGAUGCUGCGAGUGAACAGGUCGAAUAUGCUGUCGGGUCCGUGGAAGCCACCGCCAUGAAUAACCUCAGUGAUCGGGUUCGUAAGAUCCGACGCAAGGUAGACAUGCGACUCUGCAUCAUCAUCGCCGUCUUAUACACCGUUUGUCAGAUCGAUCGUCAGAAUCUGGCCUAUGCCGUCGUUGCAGGAAUGGGUGAAGAUAUCGACCUCGGCGCUAUGAACUACUCAAUCAUCGUCCUCCUCUUCUUCCCAACCUAUACUCUUUUCCAACCCAUCAUGACGGUUAUGGCUCGCAAGAUUGGCCCACGCUGGUUCUUGUCCGGGAUCUGCGUUGCUUGGGGUAUCGUUAUGCUUGCCUUUGGUUUCGCUCAUCGCUGGCAGGACCUUGCUGGUCUCAGAAUACUAUUGGGUCUGCUAGAGGCGGGGUUCUUCCCAAGCUCCGUCUUUCUCAUCAGCACCUGGUAUGUCCGGCAUGAAGUCGCCAUCAGAAUCGCCUUCUUCUACCUGUUUGGAAAUGUCUUUGGCGGUUUUGGAGGUGUUCUUGCUUAUGGACUUCAACAAAUGGACGGACUUGCAGGUUAUGAAGGCUGGCGCUGGAUCUUCAUUAUGGAGGGUGUCAUCACGGCUUUGCUUGGGUUCGUCGGAUAUAUCUUCAUCGUCGACUUUCCAGAGAACGCCCGCCAAACAAAGCGCUUUCUGACCGCUGAAGAGGUUGAUAUUAUGGUCAGUCGCAUUGAUGCGGACAGAGGCGAUGCCCAUUCUACUGAAUUCUCCCUCCGACCCUACCUUGAGAAUGCCCUUGACUGGAAAGUAUGGAUCUUGGCAAUCAACUUCGGUCUGACAUCCAUGGUUAUCUAUGCUGUCGCUUAUUUCCUGCCCAUUGUCUUAAGAGAUGGGCUUGGGUUCUCAGUGGUGGAGGCUCAAACCCUGAAUGCUCCGGCUAAUGCUCCUAAGUGCUAUGUAUUCGGCGGCAUACUUGGACUGACAGAGAGUUGGUUAUCGGAUAAGUACAAGCUUCGAGGGCCUUUCAUCAUGCUCAACUCGAUCCUUGAGAUCAUCGGCCUUUCCUUGCUAGGUUUUCAUCAUGACAACGUAGUGCGCUACAUCGGUGCCUACUUUGUGGUUGGUGGUGCUAACGCGUGUUUACCACUUACACUGACAUACCAAUCUAAUAAUAUUGUUGGCCAGUGGCGUCGUGCCUUUUGUUCUGCACUGAUUGUUGGAAUGGGUGGUAUCGGUGGCAUUAUUGCCAGCCUUGUCUUUCGAGGGCAAGAUAAGCCCGGCUAUAGACCUGGACUUUACGCCUGUUUGGCCGCUGCCAGUCUCACUUUCAUCUCUGUAGGCUUCACUACUGUUGUCUUUCGACGUAAGAAUCAGCUUCAGAGGCAAGGAAAGCUUGUUAUUGAGAACACGGAUGGUUUCACUUACACGUUUUGCACCGAUAUGCAGACGGCCAAGGCCUGA